AUGGACAAUUUUGGCAGUGAAAUCGGUCAAAAAAUGCGGAGUGCAGUAAAAGCCAAACUCGUAGAGUUAGGUACUGGAGGCACUGCCGGUUACAUCGACGAUGAGCUACCUGAUUAUGUGAUGAUUAUGGUGGCCAAUAAACGGUCGAAACAACAGAUGAUUGCCGAUCUUAACCUAUUUUUAGGUUCACAAACUGAUCUUUUCGUAACUUGGCUUCACGAAGUCCUUCAGAAAUUGCAAGAGGUCACAUUACCGGCAGUUAGUGCAACAAAAAAACGUAAAGCUGAACCAAAACAAGAUUCCAUAAGUAAAAAGGAUCGUAAAAAUAGUAAGAAGGAAAGAAAAAAUUCUACAUCGAAAAAAUCAUCAGAUGAAGUGCAAAGUUCAACUGUGCACACUACAGAAAAACAUGGACCUUCAAAGGCACCAUCCGUGCCACCAAUUAAUUCAAUCACUGACGUUUUCGCCGAUGCGUUUUUAGAAAAGGCUAAGAAGAAUCUAUCCACAGCCACUGAAGCUGCUGCUCAUAUAAAAAAGGCUAAAGGUGGAGCCAAAGCACCUGCUACGGAGACGUCUAAAACUGCAACUCCUAAGUCAUCGAAUGACUAUUCAAAAGAUAUUUCAGAAAGUAAAGAACAAGGUUGUAAUGGUUCAGUUACAGAAAGUGGUAUUAGUAACAACAAGAACGGAACAUCAGCCACACCGAUCAUCAGUGGCAAUCGGGAAAAAGAUUUGGCAGAGUUAGCGGAAAUACAAAAGAAAAUUUUUGCAGCUAAAAAGCAUUUACGGCAGUUAGGCGAACUGGACGAUAAUAGUGAGGAUGAGGACUUUAUUAAUUUAAAAGAAGACGGCACUGAAGAGGAACAAGAAAGCGCAAGUCCAAGAGAAAUCGAAAAGAAUGUACAAUCACCAACGAAACAACGAAGUAACAGGAGGAGAAGCCCGAUCGUUUUUGAUGCAGAUGAGAACAGAAUCGAUGAACCGAAAUCAACGGAACAAGAAUCAGCGGAAAGGUCGAGACAUUUUACACCGCCUCCAAUAAAUUCUGCUACAACAAAUAGUAACACUGUGAGUGAACGCCAAAAUGAUAGUAGUGGAUGUAGUCAACCUUUGCCAAAACAACAAAGCCUAGAUAGCGGCCGAGAGCGUGAGCCUGUAACUGAUAAAUCUAGGAAUCGUGAACAAGAAAGUGAAGACCAGGUGCCGGAGGUAGCUAAAAAACCAGUACAUGAACGCUUGGGAGUGCGACCUUCGGCAGGUCGUGAUUCUCAACAAAUAACACGCCGACCGCGCGAUGAUAAACAAAUUUUUAUACCCUCCUUUCGUAGAAAGGAUAACGAGAAUGAACGCUUUAGAGAACGAGGUAACGAAAAGGAACAUGAGCGGGAGAAGGAUCGAGAAAGAGAGCAUGAUAAAGAGCGUGAACGCCUACGAGAGCGUGAACGCGAGAGAGAAAGAGAGCGUCAACGUGAGCGCGAGCGCGAACGUGAACGCGAACGGCAGAGAGAACGUGAAAGAAUUCAUGCUGUGACCGCACGAAUGCGCGGCAGAAGCGAAGAUAGACGUAAAGAUCGUGAUUUGGAACGUGAACGUGAGCGCCAACGAGAGCGCGGUAGAGAUCGUAGUCGGGAUAUAGACGACCAUAGGCGUAAAGCAAGUGUACCGAGCGUACGACGUUCGCUCUCACCGAUAAUACGUCGCACUACAUCAAAUACAGAUAAUCGACCACUGUCCAAUAUUACCGUAUCUACUAUUGUUAAUCCUAAUUAUGUCAAAAAAGCUGUUAAUGAAAAUGAGAAUGACGACGGCGAUAACUCAACAACUAGCGAUUCGUCUUCAGAAAGUGAAGAUAGUAAUGAACGUCAACGUAUUGGCUCGCGCGUUAUUGUGGCACCAGUUAAGCAAGUCGAGUCAUCCGAGGAAGAAGAUAAGUCUUUAAAUUCGGUUAUCAAAAUUAAGCCACGUGCGACCGUUUCUCCUAGCAAGCAAGCUUGCAAGACAUUAUUACUACGUGCUGUCGCCGAAGCACAGCGCUCAACUAUAAUAAAGUCACGACAUAAAGAACCAGUACCAAACAAAAAGAGCAACAUCAUUAAAGACCCGACGGACGAGCGCAAACUCUAUACCAAAGCUUACCGUGAGCGGUUAAAUAGCGCCCCGAAGGUGUCUUCAACUUCCGCUACCACUUCGAAUUUGUUUAGGCGUGCCACUCAAAAUCUUGUAAUCAAAGUGGAAAGAGAUAUGCCGCUGCGUAAGCAACAACGCGCUGCAGCGAAUAUAGUCGAAGACGAAGGCCAUGUACAAAUUGAAUUGGUAGAUGAAGACGGAGAUGAAGAAGAGUUGGAGGAAAAGUAUGUGCCAGGCACGGCACUCCAACGAGUUGACUCCAAAAUAAAUUACAUGUACGUACCGCAAAUGUUACACAUUAAGAAUGAGAAGCAAGAAAGCGAUGAAAGUGAAGAAGAAUCUGACGAGAGUUCUGAGGAAGUAAUUUCAAAUAGCGAGCAACCAGUGGAUAAAGCUCCACAAACUAAAACGCAGUUUGUUGUCACGCUUAAUGAUGAAAAGGCUGCUUUGAAGUUCAUGGCUAGAUCAUCAGCCGCACGAAAACGCGCACGCUCUCAAUCACCAUUGCAAGAAGUCUCCUCAUCUUCAUCAAUUUCACGAUCGAAACGAGUCGAAGCAUCUUCAACCACUUCUACAAUAUCAACACAAGCACCGCGUCGAUCAACUAACCGCGAAACUGAGCAUAGUCGACGUACGAAUAUUAAAUCGCGUCUCUCUGCCAAAGUGGUGCCAUCCUCCACGGUGCCACGUAUUAGCGAUCAUGAGUCCUCUAACUCUUUGCCAGCUACACCGCCAUUAAAACGCGCUGAUUUAAUAGAAACGUAUCGUAAACCAAAAGAAAUCAAAAAGAUAAUUAUUAAAAAUGAUACAGAUGAUGAAGAGAUGAGUCCGAAAAAGUUAUCGUCUACAAUUGUUAUUAAUAGCGGCGGCCAACAACAACAACAACAACAACGUAAACAUAAGGCAACACACAAUGAAGAGCGCAGCCAAAUAUCGAGGCGUUCAGCGACGCCAUCCCCAAGAAGGUCCGAUACCAGUAAAGGUUCAAAAACGCCGCCUAAGCGCAAACGGACUCCAAGUAGCAUUCACUACGAUGGGCGUUCUCGUAAAGAUCUUAUCUAUGACAGCGAUGAGGCACCAGCGAGUAAACGUUCCCGCACGGACAGCGAUGAUAGCGCACAUGAACGUGAAAGAGGGCGUGAGCGGGAGCGCGAACAUGAACAUAAUCGUAAACGUGAACGAGAGCGUGAACGUGAACGUGAACGUGCUACGUCGCGUGAUUAUUCAGCUGAACGGCACAACGGUGAAGAGCGACGCAAGAUCUCAACGCGCAAUGCAGAGGCGAAGAAGUACGAAAAUAUACCUUCGUUGAGUUCCGUCACAUUAGAUUCGACAGCAGUGCGUGUUAUGAAAACAAAAGAGCGCUGCAAAUAUCAUCCGAAUUGUACAAAACAGUUUUGCGAUUAUUAUCACCCGACAGCGCCAUGCAAGAGUUUUCCGAAUUGUAAAUUUGCCGAUAAAUGCUUGUACUCGCAUCCGCAUUGUAAAUAUGAUCUUGCUUGCACGAAUCUUGACUGUAAUUACGCACACAGUGGGCCACGCGAUCCCGCACAACUUGUACCGCAAGCGCCGCCUUUAUCCUCCCAUGUAGUGCCUGUACAGAAUUAUAAAUCAAUUUCAGCUCCAACAGCCGCCAGCACAACAAUGUGCAAAUAUUAUCCGACUUGCACCAAAGCCGGUUGCACUUUCUAUCAUCCCAAGCCGUGUCGUUUUGGCAAAAAUUGCAUCAAUAAAUUGGAAUGUAACUUCUAUCAUCACGAAGUGCAGAGUAGCAACAAGUUUAAAUGGGUCGCAGGGGUUGUUUAGAGCAUGCUGCGGGCAUAUUGAAUUUUCCUCUAUCGUAUCGUAUCAUAUAAAUUUAGAAAAUAUUUUUCUUUAAUUGCAAAUUGUAAUUGCAGUAAUGCAUAUUUAAUUAAUAUU